AUGACCGAAAAACCGAAACACAUCCCGGAUUACGCGUCCUCGCACGCUCCGGGCAAAAUAGUCAGCACCGACAUCCACGAUGAACACCUCGCCAAGCGCUAUAGUCCCCUGUCCGUUAUUGCCUUCGCCUUUACAACAACCAACUCUUGGGCCGCCUUUGGAUCUGGCCUCGCUGUGCCACUUGCAUGCGGCGGCGGACCAGGGAUCAUAUAUGGGCUUAUCGUUGGUGGUAUAAUCAUGGCUACCAUCAACAUCGGCUUCGCAGAGUUGGCGUCUGCCUUUCCUUCGGCCGGUGGCCAAUACCAUAUCGUGUAUAUGGUCUUCCCUCCCUCGACGCGUCGUGUUGCCGCCUUCUUUACGGGAUGGAUCUCCAUCAUCUAUAUUAUGGCCGCGCUGGCGUCUUGUAACUUUUUCGUGGCGAGCUCGAUCCUUGACUUAGUUGCGCUGUGGCAUCCGACGUACGCGAUUGAAGCGUGGCAUACGUACUUGAUGCAUAUUCUGCUUUGCAUCAUUGCUUUUGGUGCUACUUCACGGUUCCCUGCUGUUAUCGGCCGUGUCGGCAUUACUGUCUUCUGGCUGUCUCUAGCUGGAUUUAUCGCGUCCAUGGUCACGCUCUUGUCCGUCAGCGAUGGGAAGCAAUCAGGCACUUUCGUCUUUGAGGAAUAUAAGAACGUCAGCGGGUGGUCAGACGGUUGGGCCAUGAUUAUUGGUAUCACCGCCUGCCUCUGGGCUUAUAGUGGAGUUGAUGGACCAACUCAUUUGGCUGAAGAAGUUCCAAACCCAAGCCGCAACGUCCCUAUUGCCAUCUUUCUCACCAUCGGCCUCGGUAUCACCACGGUCCUGGCCUGGACCAUCGCUCUCAUGUUCUCCAUCAAGGACGUUGACGCCAUCAUUGAGUCGACCGUUCCGAUCUUGGAGGUGUACAACCAGGCUCUCAACUCUAAGGUGGCCAGCACGAUUUGGAGCGUUUACUACAUCGUCCUCUUCUACGACAUUGUCCUCAACCUCUUCAUCUUUGCGGGUCGAACUAUCUGGUCACUUUCGCGAGACGGAGGUCUUCCGUUCUCCAGGUUCCUGUCGCAUCUCAACUGGGCAAGUCCUGUUCGUGCUGCAGCCGUAAUGCUCGUCUUGGAAAUUGUUGUCGGCAUCCUCUAUGUCGCAUCCACCACUGCGUACAGCAGCUUCAUCAACCUCACCCUCUUUACUCUCAACAUCACCGUCGCCCUACCCCAAGCGGCACUUCUCUUCCGGGGACGUGGCUGCCUCCCUGAGCGAGCCUUUUCGCUGGGUAAGUUUGGGUAUCCUAUCAACGCGAUUGCGACACUCUUCGUCAUCUUCUUCUCCAUCACCUUCUGCUUCCCGGCAUUCAUGCCUAUUACGUCGUCAUCUAUGAACUAUCUGAUCGUGGUUAUGGUGAUCGGCUUGGUAUUUACGGCUUGUCUCUGGUUUGGUGGGCUUCGGAAGACAUUCACUGGGCCUCAGGUUGCAAUUGAGGGAGGAGAUCAUGAAACUGCUCAAGGUGUCAGCUCGGAGCGUCCCAUGUAA